CCCGUAGGUGGUGAAACUGGGACACGCCCAUGCUGGGAUGGGAAAGAUCAAGGUGGAAAAUCAGCAUGACUUCCUGGACAUCACCAGCAUCGUGGCCAUGGCCAAGACCUAUGCCACCACCGAGGCCUUCAUUGACUCCAAGUAUGACAUCCGCAUCCAGAAAAUUGGAUCCAACUACAAGGCCUACAUGAGAACCUCAAUUUCUGGAAACUGGAAGGCCAACACAGGCUCUGCCAUGCUGGAGCAGGUGGCCAUGACUGAGAGGUACCGGCUGUGGGUGGACAGCUGCUCAGAGAUGUUUGGCGGCCUGGACAUCUGUGCUGUCAAGGCUGUGCACAGCAAGGCGGGCCGAGAUUAUAUCAUCGAGGUGAUGGACAGCUCGAUGCCCCUGAUUGGUGAGCACGUGGAGGAGGACAGACAGCUGAUAGCCGAUCUCGUUGUUUCCAGAAUGGGCCAAGUCCUGGUGCCAGGGGGCACCAUGCCCUCACCCCUAAGGCCUUGGGCUCCACAGAAUAAACCAGCAAAGUCCCCGCUUGGGCAGCACCAGCCUCGCCCACCCACACAAGGGGGUCCUCGCCAAGCUCAGUCUCCGCAACCCCCAAGAUCUGGAAGCCCCUCUCAACAGAGGCUCUCACCUCAAGGCCAGCAGCCCCUGAGCCCCUCGUCGGGAUCUCCACAGCAGCGAUCCCCCGGAUCCCCCCAGCUGUCCCGGGCAUCCAGUGGCAGCUCCGCAAACCAGGCCUCCAAGCCAGGCACCGUCCUUCCCAACCAGCCCCGGCCAGCCAUACAGGGCCGCAGCACCUCCCAACAGGGAGAGGAGACCAGGAGAUUCGACGCCACCCUCAUCCCCAUCUCAAAGGACCCCAGCAUCCACUGGAGGAUGAGCAAUGCCUCAUGA